GGUCGAGUUGUAAACAUAAAUGGAUUCCAAAGCUUCUGAAAACAAGGUUGCUCGCCCCUUGAGACGAUCGACACGGCCGUCAUCAGUUAGAGGUGACAGUGGAUCCGGAGUUGUGGAGAAUGGCUCAGAGGAUGAAGAUUCUCCUGGCAAGAAGAGACGGCUGGAGACUGGGAGAGCAGUGGGCGGUAGCGGUGAUGCGAAUGAGAUGGAUGUCCAAGAGUCAGUUGAGGAUAUGGAACACAGUCAAGACCCGGGAUUGGAUAUUGGGCAGGAUUCCUUUCAUGGCUUUCAGGAAAAAAUAUGCCAAGACACCAUUGGGGAUGUGAAUUUAUCACCUCGUGUAGUGCUUGGGGAGCGCUGCCGAUCUGGUCAUGAUGUAGCUGAAGAUGCAGACUGGAUGAAGACCAAGACAGUAAAACCAUCAACCAAAGGACCUGCAGCCAUCACCAAGCCUGCCGUGCAAGACAGAUCACUGGUGAAUAGACAUGAUGUGCCAGUCCCCAGAAGCAUGGCUGAGUACAAGAGGACGAUGGAGGCCAAAGGCAAGAGCACUGUUACACCCAGAGUUAACCACCAUGUCACAAUUCUCCCGGAGAAGUCUUUCACAACGCGACAACGUUUUAAUAACAUUCCAUUGCAAAAAGAAACUGUUCAGCGCAAGAAACAAGAAGGGACAAAGAAAACUGUUGUCAUCAAGAGAAGCUCUGGAUAUUCUUCUAAAGGAUUCAUGUGGUAUUUAUGUUGUUUGGUUCUCCUGGUGCUGCUCAGUUCUGCUGCCUUGCUGGCAUACAAGAAAAUCCAAAAGAUUGGAGAUCAUGGUGGGAAAUCAUUCAGGUCUGCAAAGGCAGACAAGUUUGCAGAUCAGUUGUCAAUUCUUGAGGCUCAGUUCCCUAGUCAGCGGCCUGAGUUGUGGAAUAGGAGCAGGAUCCACCUGCAGAGGCACUUCCAGACAGCCCAGCCCACAGAGCCGGUGAGUCUGAUUCUAACUGCGGGCCUCCAAGCCGAGAGGACGCUGCACUGCCUGGCUCAGGGCCUGGCCUCUGCCUUCUCCUCUGCCCUCAACGCCUCUGUCCUCCACAUUGAUGGAGCCAGCAAAGCUGACCAGGACAGCGAUGAGGUGAAGCUGGACAUUGACAGCCAACUGCAAGCAGCCUUUGAGGGAGACAAACCUGUUGCAGUCAUUCAUCGUUUUGAAGAGCUGCCUCCAGGCUCCACACUUAUUUUCUAUCGCUACUGUGACCAUGAGAAUGCUGCAUAUAAGCGGGUGUUCUUGUUGUUUACUGUGCUGCUGCCUCAAGAUGAGGUCAGCAGAGAGCAGAGUCUGAAGGAUGUAGAGGAAAUGGUGCAGGACUAUGUCAAGAAGAAGCUGGUGGGCUCCAGCAAUCAAACAGCCUUCAAUAAGAUGGACACUGACAAGUAUGGUGGACUCUGGAGCCGCAUCUCCCAUCUUAUCUUGCCUGUGGUGUCUGAUAAGGAAGUAGAGCAGAAGGGAUGUUCAUAAUCCAAGCUGGCAUCCCAGAGGGAUACCACAGUGUCAAGAAGCUUUAAGCUUCUUGACACUGUGGCAGGAGCUAUAAAGCUGAAAAGUAAAAUUGGACUAACAUAUGUAUUCAUAUAGACUUCAUUUGAAUGGUUUAAAAUUGGUAUUGAUAUCUUGGGGUCAGAAAUAAGCUUCUACUCAAGCAAGCAGUCCAGUGUUUGAUUCAGUUUCAAUUACAAGAUAUACACUCGGUUUUUGCAUACAUGUGCAGGCUUUGUGUAAGGAUGUAACACUCGGACCAUCAUUCCACUUCUAGUGAAGGAUAUUAAACACACAUUCCCAUGCAGAUUUAGUAGAUAACAUAUACAAAGUAUAGUCUGAUGUAUUUGUUUUCUACAUGUUUUGUGUUAUAAGUGUGUAUAGAUAGGACGUUUUUCAACAGAUUUUAAUGUGUAUUUCCAAUCUAAGUGGUCAGCAUGGAUGUCACUGGGUCUUUAUUUGGAGCAUUACAAAGUGUUUCAUUUUCUGUAGACAUGCAUAUUUCUUGUUUUGUUUAAAAAAUCCCCAACAACUGAUGGCUUACUUUAUGUUGCUGUUUAAUGUCCCUGUGGAAAUGUGUGUUGCUCCAUUUAAUUGCUCCGUGUGUGCAAUUGGAUUGGUUUUGCACUAAAAUUAUUUGGUUUUCAUUUAAGUGUGUAUAUUAUCAAGAGUUCUGGCUUUUAAUUUUUUGUUUUAUAGUAUUUUAUAUUUGUUCUUUCAGAAUGUGUUUUUGUGAUAUAUUGUAUCUUGUAGUUUAGAAUAUUUUUUGAUAGUUGUGUUUGUACACAUGCACAUACACACAUAUAGAAAUAUAAACCACUGAAGGGUACUUGAAGCAUCAUCAACCUAAAAACAUAUGUUCUCACUAAAUAAUUUGAAUUUGAAAAUUGAUUUUUACUCUUAUCACAAAAUGUGCCUUAAACAGUCAUAUGGAGAAGACAAGACUAUAUUUGAAGUACCAAAACAGCCAUUUGAUACUGUAUCUUCACAACAACAACAGAACUCCAAUGAGGUUUCUUGCUCAUACAUUUUUAAAAUUUUGUCUAAUUUAAAUGUAUCAUAAAAAGUUUUCUUUCCUCUGAUGUCACUCAUUCUUUUAAUGUUGUCACCAUGAGAUGAAUUUUCUGUUGUUUAUAUAAACACCUGGAUAUUUUUCAAUAAAGAUUAUUUUGAUAACUAACAGUUAAUUAUCUAAACCAUGUUGUGCUUAGACUGGGUAUGUAUGUUUUAAAUUUCUGAAACAGUGGUAUAGAAGUCCUCAGACUGUAUAGCACUCCUGCUGACAAGAGAGCUGUUUUUGUAAAGUAGCCUUAACGUGAUACUAACAGUGUUACAACACACUAAAUGUAUUGUAUCAAGUUUAGGAACAAGGAAGUUACCAAGUUCCAGUUAAGAGAUGUGACUUGGAUGUGAGAUGUGAGAUGUGAUUAUCAUUAAGAAGCAGUAGAGUUCAAAGGUUCACUUCACAACUGCAUGAUUUUUACAAACCCUUACUGUCUAACUUCUCCACAUCAACCUAUCAAAGUCUGUUUUUUUUGUUUUUUUUUUUGCUUUUCUGAGAAGUGGUUAUGAAAUGAACAUUAAUGCCAGAUGGCGAAACGGUUUCAGUGCGGUGAAUAAACAAGGAAGUUACAGCAAGUCAUUUUCCAAGGAACUGAUAAGCAUGCUUUCUUAACAUGGUGGAGGUUUAAUGACUGACUGAGUCAACAGCCUGAAAGUUGACAUACUGUAAAUUGCUUGUUAAUAAUGAAAAAUGAUCAGUGAGUCUUGUUAUGUAGACACUAAGGUAGCUAAAAUGGCUGGGGAUAAAAGAUUAGAAACCAAAAUAUUUUUUAAGUUGCAUGUAUAAAUGUUAUGUUUCACUUAGAAAAUAACUGAUAUAUCUGUGAUUUUACUUAUAAACCAUUUUGAUACAUGAACCAGAAACAUAACA